AUGAAGAGGGAGGAGAAGAAGGAGCUUGCAAAAAUAAAUCAGAUGAAGGAUGAAGAGUUGCUGUUAAUGGAAAUUAGAAUGAGGGAAAGGACGAGAGAGAUGGAGGAGGAGUGGAGGAGGUUCAGGGAGAAAUCUGAGAGGCAGAAGGUAGAGAAACAGAUGGAGCUCCAGAAGAAGAGACAGGAGGAGAGAGAUGAGUGGGAGAUAUCUAAAAAGAAGAGCAUGGAGGAAUGGAAAGAGUUUUACAGGAAGGAAGAAGACUACCGAAAGGAAGAGGAAUGGAUGAAAGCAGAAAGGAAGGCAAAGAGAAAGGUGGAAGAAGGAAAGAGAAAGAGAAAGAUGGGAGAAGAACAGCAGAUGCUGAAAAAGCAAACCAGUCUAACGAAGAAACUGAGUGAUGGAAAGAGAAGAGACCUGGAAGAGAGAAAGGAAGAUGAAAAUAAUAUGGGAGAAAAGUGUGUUAAGGAAGCAAGGGAAAGAGACAGGAGAGAGCUCCUGAAAGAAAAGAGGCGGAGACAGAUUGCAGAAGAAAAAUUGACACACAUGGAGAAACAAAUGAUGGAGAGGGAGGGGGAGAGAGAACUUGAGAGUCUGAUUAGAGAAGAUAUGAGAAAAAGAGAAGAGGAAAGAAAGCAUGAGGAGGAAAUUAAAAUGAAGAGACUGGAAGAGGACCUAAUGAAAAAAAAGAAGCAGAGACAGAUUGCAGAAGAAAAUAUGACACACAUGGAGAAACAAAUGAGACAGCUGGAGGAGAGGGAGGAGGAGAGAGAACUUGAGAGUCAGAUUAGAGAAGAUAUGAGAAAGCAUGAGGAGGAAAUUAAACUGGAAGACAUGAAAAAUGAAAUGUUUGGGAAAAUUAGAGAGUUGGAGGAGAGGAUGAUAAAGAUGGAAAGACAGCAUGCAGAGAAGACCACGAUGGAGGAGGAGAAGGAGGAAAGAAAGAGGGUGGAAGACACAGUGAGGAUGAAAGAUUUUUCAAUUUUCGCAGCGGCAACGGUUAAGACUCAGGGCCCAGGUGAGGAUCAACUAGCAAUUGAAGGAAAGACUAACGACACUCAGACAGACCAGGCAGCAAAGGUCAAAGGUGAACAGGACCUGGACAUUGACUGGUCAGAGAGUGACUAUGAUAGUGAGGGAACAAUGGAUAGUGACAAUGAGUACACAGGUAAAGAUGAAUGGACAAAGUGGAGAGUGGACAUUGAGGAAAAGAAAGCGUGUACACUACUCCAACAUGAUGGAAAUACAGCUGAGAGAGACGACAUAAACCAAGAGAAGAAAAAGGUCCAGCCAGCAAAAUGCAAAGAUGUAUCCAUCUUUUCAGCUGGUGCUCACACUCAGCAGACCCAGCAAUGCAAAGCUGGAGGAAAGACUAACACUACUCAGACAGACCAGGCAACAAAGGUCAAAGGUGAACAGGACCUGGACAUUGACACAGACUGGUCAGAGAGUGACUAUGAUAGUGACGAUGGAUUCAUAACUGAAGAAGUAUGGCAAAAGCGGAAAGAGGACAAUGAGAAGAAAAGACAAAACAAAGAUUACACAGUUACACCAUUACCGAAUACAGAUAGGAUUGAUGGAGAGAUCUCAAGAGAAAAGAUUGGAAAGAUAAACCAAGAGCAGAGGGCUGCAGCGGAGGGAAAGACUCAGAACCCUCAGACAUAUCAGCCAGUAAAGGUCAAAGGUGAAAGUGACCUGACAAGUGGGGGAAUGAACCAAGAGAAGACAGAGAUAGAGGUCCUUCAGGGGUCUCGUCAGGAACAGCCAGCUAAGUGUAAAGGCAUGGCCAAGGUCCCCCCGGUUCAGCAGGCCAAAGUGAGUACCAAAAGUGAGAUUGUCCAAAAGAAAGUGUCAGAGCCAAAGACAGAUGCAGAGCUCAUUAUGGAAAAAUAUGAGAGGAUGGUGGAAGAAGGGAAACGGGGGCUUGGUCAGAAGGAAAGGAGAGAUAAAGAGAUGGCCAAAGGGACAGAGGGAAAGAAAAAGGAGGUGUCUAAAGAAGAGCAGAGCAGGCUGAGGAAUGAGAAGGCCCUGCAGGAUCACAUGGCCAGGGUAGAGAAUCAGGAAGGGACAAGCAAACAGACCAGACAACCACAGUGUAAAGGUAGGACCAGGCAAAGUGACAUAAGUGACAUGGGACUCUAA